AUGGGGAGGUUGGUCCAAGUACUUAAUGAAUGGGAAAUCCAGCUGCUUGUGCUCCUCAGUUUUACACUACAGGUGUUCCUCUUCUUUACUGGUGGACUUCGGCGACGUAGCAUCAGUGCACUACUUAGGUUUUCUAUGUGGGUUGCAUAUCUGGCGGCAGAUUUGGUAGCAAUUUAUGCCUUGGGGUUCCUGUCAAGGCACAAGGAUGACAUCCGUGGAACGGAUACAUUAGCAGAAGCACAUCCACUUGCUUUCCUCUGGGCACCUUUCCUCCUCAUGCAUCUUGGGGGGCAGGACACCGUCACUGCAUUUGCCAUUGAGGAUAACAACUUGUGGUUAAGGCAUCUAUUGAAUCUCGUGGUCCAGGUUGGUGUGGCCUUGUAUGUCUUCUGGGAGUCCACGACGGGUCACCGCCACCAUAGUGUGCUUAUUCCAGGUAUACUUGUUUUUAUUGCCGGAAUUAUCAAGUAUGGGGAGAGAACAUUGGCACUCAUGUACGGAGACCUAAAGAAUACUAGCCACAAUAGCAUUGGAAAUGAAAUCAAAGAGAACUUGAAUCGAAACACUAGCCACAAUACCAUUGGAAAUGAAAACAAUAAGGACUUCAAUAGGCUCGCACAUCAUGGUGGAUAUCUUCGCAUUUUUGUUUCUGUUUUGAAGUCAGCACCCGGUAUCCGAAGGCUCUUUGCUGGACGCACCUUGCACCAGAUGGAAGCUCACCACCGAAACGUACUCACAUCCCAUAUUGAGAUGGAAGAUUUGCCCAAGUUGCUUGAGGUUGAGCUCGACUUGAUGUAUGAUGAAAUCUACACCAAGGCCAUGGUUCUUCGCACAAGGAGUGGCAUUAUACUCCGGUGUGUAUCUCAAGUAUCUAUGGGGGUUGCAUUUGUGCUCUUCAGUGUAGGAGUAGCGAUCAAUAAGCACAAAUACAAUAGAGUAGACCUAGCAAUCACCUAUGUGCUAUUCAUAGGAGGUUUCUAUCUUGAAGUUUGCGCAAUGUUUAUUCUGUUGAUGUCACCAUGGACUUGGGCAUGGUUGGAGCAACGAAAUUGCCAUAGGCUCGCUCGCAUCUCGUCCUUUCUUCUAUCCAGUAACAUUGGACGGCCAAAGGGAAGGCCGUUGUGGUCAAAUUCCAUGGGGCAGUACAAUUUUCUCUGCUACUUGGGUUGUGAUCAGAAGUCAAGCUGGCUAUCCAAGCUAGUGAAGAAAGUGACAAGAAAGACAACAGGGCUAGUAGUCAGCCAUAAGAAAGAAAUAAAGCCACUAUUGUGGAUGAGCAAGUUAUUGGACACAAAGUAUGUUGAGGUGGACAAGGAGAUCAUGGACUCUCUUAUAAGGAUGAUCUGCCAAUACAGUCCAAAUGAAUCGUCCAUGGAUGCUAGGUAUUGGCCAAAGCUUGGUCUGUUGCUGAAUAAGUUACUACCAGACUUUGAUGCAAGUUUUGGUUAUGCUAUUGUGUGCUUCCAUAUAUUCACAGAAGCACACCAAAGAAGUCGUUCCUUCCAUGAUCAAGAUAAAACUUUGGCGACUGCUUGCCGAAAGUUGUCCAACUACAUGCUCUACCUUCUGGUGACAUACCCUGAGAUAUUGCCUGUCAGUGGUACUACAGAACCCACCUUGCUAUUCUUUCUUCAGAAAGCUAUUCGACAUGUCUCCCACCAUGGUACUAGUGCUGAUAUUUUUCCUAUGGUCCACGAGCUCUUGGUAGAGAUGGAGUUAGUUGAAGUCGAGUUAACGAGCACAGAAACAUUGAAGGAGAUGAGAGACCUAUGGACAAGGCUUCUCAUCUAUUGCGCUGGCAAGUCCCGUGCAGAGAUGCAUGCAGCGCAGUUGAGUAGAGGAGGGGGGCUUCUCACAUUUGCUUGGUUGCUCAUGGCCCACAAAGAACUAGGGGAUGUCGGUCGGGCCUUCAACUUCAAUCUUGCAAACCCACCCCCAGGUAGUCCUGGGAGCCAACCCUUCACCGGGCCCUUUGGUGACACAAUGGUGACUGCAUGCCCAGUUAUACCCACAACAGCCCCCCCACCCCAUGCCUACCAACCCCAUGUGCCGGAUCGGCAACUUUCCUUCCCCUGGCGCUCCUAUCGAGCCCGCUCUCUACUAUCUGAUGCGGAUGACCUCCCUUCUUCCCCUAGCCCUGCGACAUAA